AUGUGGUUUAUAAAGGAGGCUGAUCAAUUUGGAGGAGGCUUUGAAUCAAUCAUUCAGUCACUGAACUCAUCCGCUGCGGAUGACGGCGCCAACCUUUCUGUGUCAGGUGGAGUUGCUCCAAUACCCCUGGUUCAUCAAACAUAUACAUCUCAACAACAACAACAACAACAACCUCCUCCCCAGAUGUCUAGACCAACAGGUGUGCCUACAGUGCGUCCACAGUCAACAGUACUUAAUAAGCCUCCUCCUCCACCCGUAACUCCAAAACCAACCACUUCAACUUAUUCAAUUCAGGAGGAAACAAUUGGAAAUACUAAUGAGUCCACGACAAUGACAACAACUACAACUAAAUCAUACGAUAGAAGUGGUUCAUACAUUGGCAAUUCCUCAUCAGUGAACUCUGCUCCUGCCCCUAUUGGAGCACAUGGCGCAGAUCCAAAUUCGUUGGGAGGCAAUGUUCAUGAGGACAACAAAGCCCAGGGUGGAGGAGCAGCAUCCGGUCUUAACAUGUCAGAGGUGCUAUCCAAACGUACUAACCUCAAGAAAACACCAUCAUCAUUUAUUGGUGCCUCUGCGACCUCUCCUACUACUACAACUACUGAGCCCACUCCCUCAAAUCCACCUCCUCCACCAAAGGACAACUCAGUCCAUGUACAGUCGACACCAAAGCCUAAACCCCCACCCACAGUUGGUAGACCAGGUCUCUCAGUUGUACUACAACAACAACAACAACAACAACAACCAAAGCAAACUACUCAACUCACCUUGGAAAUGCAAACUCUAAAAGAAGAAAUAAUGAUGGAGAUGAGGAGAGAAUUUCAACAGUUUGUUGAGGAGAUCAAAGAGGAACUCAGGAAGCGAUGA